AUGAAUAUGGAAGCUAGAGUUGGUGUGGUUGUUGAGGGAGGGCAGAGAGCAUUUAAUUCUGCUGCUGCCCAUGGAAGCAUUGUGGAUGCUGGUGCAAGGAAAUUCUUGCAACAACAACAUAGCAAUAAACAGCAGUCUUUUACUCCCCAACAACAUUCACAAUUAGGAACUGUCCAACAAUUGCUUGCUGGUGGCAUUGCGGGUGCUUUUGGUAAGACUUGUACGGCUCCUCUCGCUCGCAUUACCAUCCUCUUUCAGGUUCAAGAAGGGUUUAGGGCAUUUUGGAAAGGCAACCUAGUGACUAUUGCUCACCGCCUUCCUUAUUCUUCAGUCAACUUCUAUGCUUAUGAACGUUACAAGAGUUUAUUGCAAUCAUUUCUUGGUGUUGAAAAUCACAGGGGGAAUGGGGCCGCAGACCUUGCUGUGCACUUUAUAGGUGGUGGGAUGGCAGGAAUAACAGCUGCAUCUGCCACAUAUCCGCUGGAUCUUGUGAGGACGCGCUUAGCAGCACAGAGAAAUACAAUAUACUACAGAGGUGUUUGCCAUGCAUUUCAUACGAUAUGCAGAGAAGAAGGUUUCCUGGGCUUGUAUAAAGGCCUUGGAGCAACAUUACUUGGUGUUGGACCUAGUAUAGCAAUAAGCUUUUCUGUUUAUGAGUCUCUCAGAUCUUUUUGGGAGUCUAAAAGGCCCAAUGAUUCUACUGUCAUGGUUAGUCUUGCUUGUGGCAGUCUUUCAGGUAUUGCAUCGUCAACAGCAACAUUUCCCUUGGAUCUUGUGAGGAGAAGAAUGCAGCUGGAAGGGGCUGGUGGUCGAGCACGUGUCUACACAAGUGGCUUGUUUGGGACAUUUGCCCAUAUAAUCCAGACUGAAGGGUUGCGAGGCAUGUAUAGAGGAAUUCUGCCUGAGUACUACAAGGUGGUUCCUGGUGUUGGCAUUGUGUUCAUGACUUAUGAGACAUUGAAGAUGCUUCUACCGUCCAUCCCUGCCAGUUAUUAG